AUGCUCUGUCGCAGACGCUGUGCUGCUGCUGCUGCUCAUGGAGAGAAGUCUGGGGAAGAAGAAAAACCAUAUGCGGCAUUGCCAAUGGCAAUUGGCUCUGAGAGCCCAAGCAUUGGAGUUCCCCGAUUACUUGCUCAGUUUGGGUGUUUUCUCAGGCUAGCCAAGGCCAAGUUUAUCGUGCCAUUAAUGAAGGGUUUAUUAUGGUCUUUGAACAAGCUGGCUUGCCCGGAUUGUCAUGAGGCGACCUGUGGUGUUGCAACUGCAGAAGACGGUGGAUGGGCAGCAGGAUUGGCUACAACAUCAGGGUAUUGGGCAGUAAUCAGUCAUGCUAAUGAGUCAUACAUUGGAUGUGGUGCUUCCAUCCUAGUUUUUGUAUAUGAAUAUGACAUGGAAUGGUUGAUGGCAAAUUUUGCAGCUAAUGAGUCAUACAUUGGAUGUGGUGCUUCCAUCCUAGUUUUUGUAUAUGAAUAUGACAUGGAAUGGUUGAUGGUUUUUCCAUUUUGGCUAUGGGCUUUGUUAAGUUUUUUUGGAUCGUUGAAAUUGAUGAAACUAUGUUUGCCAUCGCCUAACAGCAUUACACUAACAAUUUCCCCUGCCAAUCAAGAUAUAGCACCGUCAGAUGCUAUCAAGCUUUCUAGGAAAGUGGAUCCAUCGGGAAGAUCAUAUUGGUGGCAACAUCCUUGGGUGGGAAUUGUGAACCGUUCACAAGCUGAUAUAAAUAAAAACACUGAUAUGAUUUCUGCAACGUGGAAAGAAUGCAAAUGCUUCACUACAAGUCCUGAAUAUGGAACUUAG